GCUUAUCGCACCGCCUGCUUGGCCCCCCCCCUUGUCAUUGGGAUUGGCUUAUUGCUGUCGACGCGCUAAGCUGGCUCACUCCUUGCGGCCUUCUCUGCUGCCCUCAUGACUAGAUCAAGUUGAUGACCUGUUAACUACCCGGUGGGCCUCUUCCUGCACGGUCUCCGGAGCGAGGUUCCGUUGCCUAUUCCAAUUGCGCAAGCGGGGAGGGUGAGGUUGAAUUAGGUUCUUAUCUCGACAUCUCGGAACCAAACAAGAACGAAAAGCCGCGUUUCCCCUCUUCGUGCUCUUCGUGCCCUUCGUGCGCUCUCUCUUCUGAGCCAGAAGCGCGUGCACCGUACCCCAACACCCUCACACUCUCACACAUUGGCUCAAGAGGGAGUAUCUCCAACCUAAGAAUGGAGCCCUCAACAUCCUUCAACCCGCAAACCUCAGGCCUGACGCCAGGCGGCCGACGAACUCUAGGGAUCGCAUUACUACUGAUCGUGGUCUUCUUAUGGACGGCCUCGAAUUUCCUGGCCAGUACCAUCUUCGCCGACAACACCUACUCUAAACCCUUCUUCGUGACCUACGUCAACACCUCCAUCUUCAUCCUCCCGCUCUUUUCCAUUAUUGCGAGCCGGGUGUUUCGGCUCUGGCGCGCCGGCAAGCUGUACCGAAUCCGGUCGGUGCAGAGCCUGUUGCAGCAUCUGGAUGCGCAUGAUGGCCAUAGUGAGGGGCAGUGGAUUCUGGAGCGGGAGGGCAGAAGCCCGGGGGGCUGGGGUUCGUCGUCCAGGUUGGGGUUGAAGGAGACGGCGAAGCUGAGUUUUCAGUUUUGUCUGCUAUGGUUUACUGCCAAUUACUUCGCCAUGGCAUGUUUACAGUAUACAACGGUGGGGAGUACCACGAUCCUGACCUCCACGAGCGGCGUAUGGACCCUCAUCUUCGGCGCCCUCAUCGGCGUCGAACGCUUCACGCCCCGCAAACUCCUCGGCGUGAUCGCCUCCCUCCUCGGGAUCAUCAUCAUCUCGCGCCUGGACAUCUCCUCCCCCGCCCCCGCCCCCGCCCCAGACGCAGACGCAGACCCCACCGGGGGAAGCACCUUCCCCCCCAAAACGACCACCGAAAUCGCCCUCGGCGACGCAAUGGCCGCCUUCAGCGCCGUCAUGUACGGGGUGUACACGAUCGUCCUGAAAAAACAGGUCGGCGACGAGUCCCGCGUCAACAUGCAGCUCUUCUUCGGGUUAGUCGGCCUCCUGAACAUGGUGCUGCUGUGGCCCGGGUUCCUGGUCCUCCACGCCCUGGGCGUGGAACCCCUCGCGUGGCCCGACUCCGGCCGCGUCUGGACCAUCAUCUGGGUCAAUGCGCUGGCCUCCCUCCUGUCGGAUCUCUGCUGGGCCUACGCCAUGCUCCUGACCACGCCGCUGGUCGUGACUGUCGGCCUGAGUCUGACGAUCCCGCUGUCGCUGGUGGGCCAGAUGGUCAUUCAGGGGGAGUAUGCCAGUCCGGCGUAUUGGGUUGGCGCGACGGUGGUGUUUUGCUCGUUUUUGGUGGUGAAUCAUGAGAGUCGGCUGGAUUUGGAUGCCGGGGGAACCGAUUCUGGAGAAGGGGAG